UAAGUUGCUGGAAGAGCUAGAUGAGGGGCUCGCAUUCGGGCGUGAUCAUCACAUCGCGCCGCGUUAUCGUCCACCUUGAGAAGAUGAUGCUUCCCCAAACAACGCUAAUCCAAUGCACGUGGUUCUCUGACGGUAGAGUAGAGCGCCUUUGGUAAGAUUUAGAGUGCCCUGGAGGCUAGUUGGGUUUGUAUUCUGUUAGAAAGCGGUCGUGAAUUAUGCGUGAUUUUGGCAAGCUGAAACUGCCGGAAGAUGUUGAGUCAGGUGUGUUGCUUACGCUGGAGGAUCGUUCUCCAAAACCGUUAAAUGAUAAGUACAGUCCAUCUAUCUUAACGCCCGAUUCGAGCAGUUCGCCCAGAUCUCCGUUUCGGUUCGACUCGAUGCGCUCUUCGGGAAGAAGACCACCACACUUCCGACCAGGGUACAAAAAACCCCGCAAGCGAGCAGUCUUCAAAAACGGAUACUGCAACGUGAGUGCUACGAAGGUCCCGCACCAACGAUUACGCUUUCUACAAGACAUUUUCACCACACUGGUCGAUGCACAGUGGCGUUGGACUUUGUUGGUGUUUGCGCUCGGGUUCGUCAGCUCGUGGGUCCUGUUUGGCGGGCUGUACUGGUUGAUCUCGUACACGCACGGCGAUCUGGAUGAGAAUCACUUGCCACCGUUGCAAGGAGACAACAACUGGACGCCAUGCAUUUCGAACAUCUACUCGUUCACGUCGUGCUUUCUGUUUUCGCUCGAAACGCAGCACACGAUCGGGUACGGAUCGCGCGCCAUGGAGGAGGAGUGUCCAGAGGCGGUGUUCGUGAUGACGCUCCAGUCCGUGCACGGUGUGAUGGUGCAAGCCUUCCUGGCGGGCAUCGUCUUUGCCAAGAUGACGCGCUCGAAGGGACGCGCCCAGACGCUGCUCUUCUCGAAGCAGGCCGUCAUUUCGCAGCGGGACGGUGAGCUGUGCCUGAUGUUUCGCAUCGGUGACAUGCGCAAGAGCCACAUCAUCGGAGCGAACGUGCGGGCUCAGCUGAUACGGGCGAAGGUGACGGGCGAGCGGGAAGUGAUGCCCCAGUACCGGACCGAGCUGGAGCUGACGUCGGACGACUGCUCGUCGGAUGUGUUUUUCCUCUGGCCGCAGAUCGUGGUACACCGGAUCGACGAGAAGUCACCGCUGUAUGGCUAUUCUGCCGAGGAUGUGCUGCUCGAGCGGUUCGAGAUAGUGGUCGUGCUCGAGGGUACGGUCGAGUCGACGGGACAAACGACGCAGGCAAGGACGAGCUACGUCAACACGGAAAUCCUGUGGGGCCAUCGGUUCGAGCAGGUGCUGGUGUACAAUGCGGACAUUGAGAGCUAUGAAAUUGAUUUCUCCAAGUUCAACGAGACGGUUGCGCUAGAGACACCGCGCUGUUCGGCCAAGCAGCUGAAGGAGUGCUUCAAACUUCCACUUAGAGGUCGGUCCUGUGAUCCUUUGGUAGGAGACGAGCUGCGACUGUCCCAUGUGGCGCUGGAGAGCGAACGAAUCAAUCCCCAGUUUCUGUUUCCCGUGUUUGACCGACGGCGAUCGCGCUCAUCAACCGAGCUGUAACCGCGAGCGCAACUUCGGGUCAAAUCGAUCAGUCGCCGCCGUGAUUAAAUAUCAUUUGUAUGAUUGUACGAGACAAUAAACGUGUUUUCAACAGUGUAAUUCUGCCCAAAUGCACCGCUACAAUGUCGAUCGAGUCCUGAAGUGCACAAGUGAAAAUGACUCCGCAAGAAGACGGGGAAGAAGAAGAAGACGGGCAGUCGCUUUUAUUUAGAAAAAAAAGGAGAGUGGGAACCUCAGUGGGCAAUUAUACGGAGGUCAAAGAGUGCAUAAUUAAGCGGAAGCGAAGAUCGGGAAGAUCCUUGCCGGCGGGACGGCAGCGUGCACGAAGCGCGGACCCAGGACCUGCCCAUUAGCAGCCCGCGAGCGGUGGCCCCCCGACGGCAUGGCAUGUCAUUUCUUCCGGCGCAAACAAAUCGUGACAAUGUAGCGGGAGGGGGGAGGUUGGGACUGAUGCAGGCCUGGCUACACGGCCAGAAACGUCGAAACGCGAGACGAAUACAAUUGGAGUGCCCGCGAUGCUUAAUGAUCGCUUGCAAACGAUCAGAGCACAGAGAUCGGUAGCGGUAGCCAAUUCCAAUCGAAUGCGAAUCUCUGUAAUCAUCUGCACCAUCAAUUAUAGAUAACUACAUAAAUACAAUACAUAUCCGUAUAAACGCACACACACACACACAGACAGACAGAAGCGCGUGCAGAGCGGGCACGAACAUGGGGUUCGCACAGAAUCCGUGCUGCCUCAAUCGAAUGGGC